AUGGGCUCGUCCACUCCAGCCCUGUCGGCUCUCUCGGGCCCGACGUAUACUACCGCUCAGACCUUGGUCCAGCAGGUAGCCUACCUCUUGAGCGACAAGAUCUUUGCCUAUUCCCCCGAGUCCUUCGACCUGGACGCUGCCCUUAGGGAGUGGUCUGUUCGUGGCGACGCCAAUGCCAAGGGCGAGACUCCGGGCGUUCAGACCCUGGAAACCCGCCAGGGCGCUGGAAGCAUCGCCCUGGGGUAUCUCUUCUCCCGCGAUUUCGACCUCAAGAAGCGGCAUGUGCCCCAGGCCAUUGUGGCCUCGGCUGCCACGCUUCCGUACAUGAGAUCUGCGCUGGAGCAGCUGUCUCUUCUGUACUCCGUCGCCAGCCCCGUGGCUGCUCACGUCGCGGCAGUCGAUUAUACCGCCGAAGACGGCCUGGUCACAGACUAUGCCUCUGCUCUCAGUCUGGCCGAAGAGCUCGGCUUUGGGUUGGUGUCGAGUGCUUCUGUGCACGAGGCGCAGCACAUGGCUCUGCUUGCCACGCUUCUGGCGUCCGUCCAGCCGUCUCUUCACAUCUAUGACGGUGUCCGGGUCGGACGGGAGACCUCUCGCGUCAUCGACGUACUCGACCAGGAUGGACUCAGCCGCACCUAUGAGGCGGUUCGCAACACCCUGGAGGACUCUCGCAGCCGCCACCUUGAUGCGCAGGGCAAGCUUCUGGAGCUUCUUAAGUCUCUGAACGGCGAGUUGGGCACUGACUAUGGCCUUUUUGAGUACCAUGGCCAUGCGGAGCCUGUGUCUGUCUUGGUCGCCUUUGGUACCGUUGAGGCAUCGCUGAGUGCUCAGGUUGCUCGUUCUUUGGUAAAGGAUGGUGUCCGCGUGGGCGUCAUCAAUGUCCGUGUCUAUCGUCCCUUCGUCGAGGAGGAGUUCCUGCGUGUGCUGCCAGACUCCGUCAAGACCGUUGGCGUGCUGGGUCAGGUCAUCAACGAACAAGCAGUGCAAGAGGAGGGCAUUCACUCUGCGCUGUACGACGACGUCCUCGCUGCAGUGACCUUUGCGGGCCGUGCCCAGACUCCCACUUGCUUCGAUAUCAAAUACUCUCGUUCUCAACGUUGGACCGUGGUCGACGCCGCCGCGGCUUUCCAACGUAUCUUUGACAAGCCCCUUCUGCCGACCGCUGCCGCCGCUACCACACCCCUGCAGCUCUUUGACCCAACCACUGUUCAGGAAUACACUUUCUGGGACGUUGACACCUCUGAUUGUGACGAGGCCGCUGCCGUUCUGGGCCAGGCUCUGGCGGCCGACUCCGCCAACAAUGUGACCGUCAGCAAGGUUCACGACAACCUGCUCCAGGGUGGUGCCGUCCGCAUUGAUAUCCGCAAGAGCGCCAAAAUUCUGGAUGCUCCUUACCCUGUUGCUGCCGCGGACGUUGCUUAUGUUGGUGACGUCAAACUCCUCGGCGAUGUCAAUGUCCUGGCUUCUGUCAAGGACAACGGGAAGGUGAUCGUCAAUGCGCCCGGCAUCAACAACGACGACCUCGAGAAGAAGCUGCCUGUUGCCUUUCGACAGGCAAUCGCGCAGCGCGGCAUCUCUCUCUUCAUCGUCGAUCCCACCGCCACUGGUGAGGAGUUCCCGGCCUCCGUCGUCCUGCAAGCCGCGUUCCUUCGCGUUGCCCUACCUUCCCAGGAGUCGCUCGGUACGAAGAAAUUGGCGUCUGUCGUCAGCAACCCCGAGGCCUUGGAGACAGUCACCAAGAACCUUGAAAAGCUCGUGCGUGUGAUCGAAGUUCCGGAAGACUGGAAGGCCGCAGAGGAGGAGGCUUCCGAGGUUCAGCUGCCUGUCGACCUGUCUGCCAACAGUUUCGUGCCAUUUGCGAAGAAUGAGGUCGAGCCAGAAUCCCUCCUAAAGGACUGGCAGACUGCCGCCAAGGGAUUGGUGUUCAAGGAAGCCUAUGGUGCCAAGUCCGCCCUGCGCCCUGAUCUGGCAACCAAGACCUUCACGGUCCACGUCAAGGAGAACAGGCGGCUGACGCCCACCACUUACGACCGUAACAUCUUCCACAUCGAGUUCGAUCUGGGUGACUCUGGUCUGACGUACGACAUUGGCGAGGCCCUCGGUGUCCACGCUCAAAACGACCCUGUCGACGUCCAGGAAUUCAUCAAAUUCUAUGGCCUCAACCCUGAUGACAUUGUUGAAGUUCCCAGCCGCGAGGACUUCAACGUGUUGGAAAACCGCACCGUGUACCAAGCCCUGAUCCAGAACAUCGACAUCUUCGGUCGCCCACCCAAGCGCUUCUAUGAGGCGCUCGCCGAGUUCGCUACCGAUGAGAAGGAGAAGAAGGAUCUUCUCACCCUGGCUGGGCCUGAGGGUGCUGAGGAAUUUAAGCGCCGCGCCGAGGUUGACACCAUCACCUAUGCCGACGUGCUGCUCGAGUACCCCUCUGCACACCCGGCCUUCCACGACAUCAUCCGUAUCGUCAGCCCGCUGAAGCGCCGUGAAUACUCCAUCGCCUCAUGCCAGAAGGUCACCCCCAACACUGUCGCUCUGAUGAUCGUCGCCGUCAAUUGGGUUGACCCCCGCGGUCGCGACCGCUUCGGGCUGUCCACUCGCUACCUCAGCCGCCUGCAGCCAGGCACCCCGGUGACGGUGAGCGUCAAGUCCAGCGUGAUGAAGCUGCCCCCCAAGUCCACCCAGCCAAUCAUCAUGGCUGGUCUGGGCACAGGUCUCGCUCCCUUCCGUGCCUUCGUCCAGCACCGCGCCCUUGAGAAGGCCCAGGGCAAGGAAAUCGGCGCCGUCUUGCUGUACAUGGGCUCCAGGCACCAGCGCGAGGAGUACUGCUAUGGUGAGGAAUGGGAGGCCUACCAGGAGGCCGGCGUGAUCACGCUCCUCGGCCGCGCCUUCUCCCGCGACCAGCCCGAGAAGAUCUACAUCCAGGACCGUAUGCGUCAGACUCUACCUGAGAUCAUGCAGGCGUACAUUCGCGAAGAGGGUUCCUUCUACCUCUGCGGUCCCACGUGGCCUGUUCCCGAUGUGACGGCCGUUCUCGAGGAGGCCAUCGCCACCGAGGCCAAGCUUUCUGGCAAGAAGGUCGACCCCAGCAAAGAGAUCGAGAAGUUGAAGGAUGAGGAGCGAUACGUGCUGGAGGUUUACUAA